AUUUCUAAAUGUGAGCUAAGCUUACGCACAACCUAAACUUCGGGUGGUGUACGGUGGGGCUCGUGACGUUGAUGAAAGAAACCUAUUGAUUUUAAGCUUACCGACUAGGUCUGUAAUAUGCGACGUGUUCUGUAAAAUGUUACAUAACAUGACGUUUCAGACUUGAUUUUUACGUGGAGUCAAUCACAACUGCAGGCAAUUGGGGGGCCAGGCGAAAGGCAGUGCGCAUGCAAUGCCGACACAGCACAUUUUGGUCAGUUGCAGCAACAUAUGGGCUUUCGCAGAUUUAGUACUUUGCCGUCUGAAUGGGGAGUCCGCGGAGGGGUAGUGCCCUGCAUUUGCAUUUAGAAGCAGACUUUUUAGCAGACUUCUGACGGAGCCUAUGACGGCGGAUGGCUCUGAACUUGGCCAAACGUUGCUGAUAAAAGAAUAAUAUUCGAACCGAAACGCUGGAAGACAAAUUAUUAGCUUUUUAUUCGAAGCUGUUUUUUUAUUUUAUUUUUUCACCGAUUGUUUUAACUUCCUCGAGCAAGAUUGCUUUGAGAAUCCACUUGUGCGAACUACGUUCUACUGCGGAGUGUUACUGAUUUUAGUGGUGUGCAACAGUGUUGCUGUAAUCGCUUUGCUGGAGCUAGACUGUGUGCCAUAAAAUUGAUACAAUUACAUAUUGUAUGCUUGUGUGUAGCCUAACGUACUAGUGUAUUGAACAGUGUUUGUUCAAGCACCCACUUUAUUUUGUCAUUCGAAUAGUUUUAGGGAAUUUUCAUCUGUAGCUUGCGACACUAAGGACCACAGUAUUGGAAGGACUUUACUGAACUCAAGAUGUCAAUUUUGCCUUUUACUCCCCCCAUUGUGAAAAGGCUUUUGGGUUGGAAAAAAGGCGAACAAAACGGACAAGAAGAGAAAUGGUGUGAAAAGGCAGUGAAGAGCCUGGUGAAGAAGUUGAAAAAAACCGGACAACUGGAUGAAUUGGAAAAAGCCAUCACAACUCAGAAUAUCAACACGAAAUGUAUUACCAUACCGAGGUCCCUGGACGGGCGGCUGCAGGUGUCCCACAGGAAAGGCCUCCCACACGUCAUCUACUGCCGUCUGUGGCGCUGGCCCGACCUGCAGUCCCACCACGAGCUGCGGGCCACGGAGCUCUGCGAGUACGCCUUCCACACCAAGAAGGACGAGGUCUGCGUGAACCCCUACCACUACCAGAGGGUGGAGACGCCGGUGCUCCCUCCAGUGCUGGUUCCUCGACACACAGAGAUUCCCAGUGAGUUCCCUCCACUGGAUGACUACAGUCACUCCAUCCCAGAGAACACCAACUUCCCUGCUGGCAUCGAGCCACAGAGCAACUACAUACCUGAGACUCCACCGCCGGGCUAUCUCAGUGAAGAUGGAGAGACCAGCGAUCACCAGAUGAGCCAAGGCAUGGACACGAGCUCGCCCAGCCUGUCGCCAAAUCCCGUCUCUCCGACACACGGCAAUUUAGACCUGCAGCCAGUGAUGUACUGUGAGCCGGCCUUCUGGUGCUCCAUCUCCUACUAUGAGCUGAACCAGCGGGUGGGCGAGACCUUCCACGCCUCCCAGCCGUCCCUCACCGUGGACGGCUUCACCGACCCCUCCAACUCGGAGCGCUUCUGCCUGGGCCUGCUGUCCAAUGUCAACCGCAAUGCAGCCGUGGAGUUGACACGCAGGCACAUCGGCCGGGGUGUACGUCUCUACUACAUCGGGGGAGAGGUGUUCGCUGAGUGCCUCAGCGACAGCGCCAUCUUCGUUCAGAGUCCCAACUGCAACCAGCGCUAUGGCUGGCACCCCGCCACGGUCUGCAAGAUCCCCCCAGGCUGCAACCUGAAGAUCUUCAACAACCAGGAGUUUGCAGCCCUGCUGGCCCAGUCGGUGAACCAGGGCUUCGAGGCGGUCUACCAGCUGACCCGGAUGUGUACCAUCCGCAUGAGCUUCGUCAAGGGAUGGGGGGCUGACUACAGGCGACAGACUGUGACCAGCACACCCUGCUGGAUCGAGCUUCACCUCAACGGUCCCCUGCAGUGGCUGGACAAGGUGCUCAUGCAGAUGGGCUCCCCAAGCAUCCGUUGCUCGAGUGUGUCGUAGGAAAGCCCCCCCCCCCCCCCCCCCCC